GUGACAGCAGUGAAAUGUCGCUGCGUUUGAGUCUCUUGAGUGGAAGAAAUUCUCGAAGGGUUUCAGAUAAUUCUUUGGCGGAAAAUUCACUUCAAAGGAGCAUAGAUGAAACAGUGGAGCGAAACCCAUGCAAGCGCAUGGGACUACAUCAGGUACGACGUCAAAAUAAUACAUAAUAGUAAAACUCAAUCCUUUGUUACUUCAAAAAAUUCAACUAGGAGAAACUGUAUUGUACAGAUGUAGCUACAUCACGCGAACAUAGUUCUUACUCUUUGACUUCGAGAAAGUAUUAUAGAUGAAAUUAAUUUCUACAUUUGUCACCCUCAAGUCAACUCUACAGGUUCAGUUUAGACCAGAAGCAUAUAACCCCGAAGAGUCUAACUUCCCCUUAUGUGUAGCCUGCGUAGCAAGCGUUUCCUCGCGAUCUUCGUCUAUAAAGCUGGGACAAGAGCAAAAAAAAAAUGAAUGACGGGGGAGGGGGAGGGGAACGAAGGAACCGCUUGCCCGCAAACCCCACGAUUUUGAAAAACUGCGUUCGCCCACGAACGCAGCUUCUGAUUGGCGCGGUGCGGGUAGUGUUGAUUACUUAGCAUUCAAAACAUCAAUCAAACCAAGUAUGCUUUGUUUUCGUGCGUCACAGAUCUCGUCUCAUCUGAUUUGUGGUCGCCGAUUACAAAUGCUUUGGACUGAUAUUUAUUGGAAUCGUGUUUGUGCGAAGGUUUAUGAGAUCAGAGUCUUCAAAGUAUAAUUGGAGAUCGAGCAGUGGAGACUAGGGAAGCCCAAUUUAUUGAGAAUGACGGCGUGCAGAUCUGACUGGCAAAAAUGGACUGUUUGUUGGAGAUAACAUCAACAUAAAUCAGAACAUUGGUACUCGACGGUAGCUAAAGCCGCCAUGGACAAGCGAUUUGUCAGCUUUUUUAAAUGAAAAGAUUCUUUUUGUUUAUUGGAAAUUUAGCGGCAUCUAUUGUAGAGAACGUUUCGACACAGGCUGAAGAGCAGCCGCUCUGCGAAACUUAUGCCCGGAGGAGUGAAUUGUUCCGGACAAAUCAUUUUUGACGUGUCGACAAGGGGCUUACAGUACUUUGCGAAACGAAACGAAACGAAACGAAAUGGUACUUUGCGAAACGGUACUUUGCGAAAUGGUACUUUGCGAAACGGUACUUUGUGAAACGGUACUUUGCGAAAUGGUACUUUGCGAAAUGGUACUUUGCGAAACGGUACUUUGCGAAACGGUUACAACACAAUGCUUCAUCACACCUUAUCUAGAGUACCUAGAAUUCCACUGAAAGCUGAAGAUUUGUAAAGAUAAACCUGGAGCAAAUUUCCUCGUUUUAGUUUUAGCCGUUUUCAAGGUUGGAACGUUUCCUAAGAAAAAUAUCAAUCAAUGCCUGGUAGUCUUCGUCUUUCCAAGAGUUCCAAGACGAAGAGACUCGGGGGCCAUAGGGUUUUUUCAUCAUGUAAGCGGGUUCUAUGGGUACGCUUUGAAUACAGUCAUGUCUUUGUGUACUAACCACCCUGGAGAAGUUGACAACUAGGGGCAGCUAUUUUCUCAUAGACGCGAAACAUCAUGAGGUUACCGCUAUGAGCCUAUGAGCCUUGUCCACGAGGUUACAAACUGUGCAACUAACAUGCGUUUUUUGUUGUCACUAGUGACAACAAGAUAAGUAAUAAUUUACGAGGGUGUGUGAAAAACGUUUGAUUGGCGUAAGGAGGCCCCAUAUCAGCACACGGUUCAGCACUACACGGAAUGUUACACCCUGUGAACUAGCUAAAAGCGAACUAAUGUUUAAAAGGCUAAGAAACACAAGUCAGCAAUUUAAAAUGAAAUUGUUCACAUUUAUUGGCCUAAAUUUUGCACAAAGGUUUGUUACAGAAAACCAAAUCCAAAUUUCGAAAAACAUACAGUUAAGUUUUGGAUCUAACUUAUCCAACAUAAUUGAAGCAAAUUAAAACAUGCAAUCUAUGUGCCAAUUUGUCUUUAAACAAACAAAAAAUCGUCUAUGGGCCACAGAAAGAAGAAUUGUUACGGUUUUACUAAAUUUGUCAUUGUUCCAUUUGUUGUCGUUGUUACUGUUAAUGUUUUGUUUGAUUUGCUUUGAUUGUAAUUCAUAUAUCGUACUCAUAGUAAUUAAAAAUAAAUUUACAAGAAAAACGCUCUGAAACGCUCUUUUUACAUGUCUGCGUGUGAAAGAUGCGCCCAAAAAACAACGUUGAACAACGCUAGUCAUAUCGACGCAAAAUUGAUCGUGAUUUUAGCUGCUAAAAAUUUGCCAAAAAAUCCAUUGGGCGAAAUCGGUACCGUUGUUUUUACUGAUUGUUUCUUGGCGAAGUUCCCCCCCGAAAUUUCCCGUGAAAUCGGCCGAUUUUUCUAAGAAUUUGCCCCUGAAAAUCCUUCGAAAUUUGACUUUUUUCCGCUAAAAUCCCGCGAAAUCGAACGAUUUUCCGGCGAAUUUUGACUUUUCUCCCGCGAAAAUCCCGUUAAAUCGGCCGAUUUUUCCGCGAAUUUGCCCCUGAAAAUCCCGCGAAAUUUUGCUUUUUUUUCCGCGAAAUAUCAGAAGCCCUGCCUAAAAAACCCGAGCUUUGCGACAGAGUUAUACGCUUCGGGGUUAUAUGCUUCUGGUUUAGACGCAAUUACUUUGAGGAAAAAAAGCAAUUUGAAUUACUUGAAGCCUCACACUCCACUAAUUACAUGUUCUAGUUAAUUUAAUACUUAACAUGACUAACGUUGUGAGAGAGAAAGCAUCUUCCAGUCGAGUAUAAAAUGAAUUAUAUUCCAGCCACUGAGAAACAAUUUCGAGUAUGUUAUGUAUGUCAUAAAGUCAUGGACUAACAGAAUCGAAUGCAAUUGGCAAUCUCUUGGAGCAUAUAUAAUUCGCUUUUAUAACAAUAGCAGCUGAAGUUAUUAAAUAUAAAAAAUAUUUCCAGUGACAUACUUUUUGUCUGUCGAGUGAGUAAUGUCAAUUUUCAAUGGACAAAAACCUUGUACCAGUGAUAAUAUCUAAGCUAUAUCGCAUUCUUUUUUACCCUUUUCAAGUAAGGGCUAUAGAUAUAAUUAGUUAUCUGUCAUAACACCAACGACAAUUUCUUAUGGGAGCCGAGAAAAUGAAUUUAAAAUUUCACAGGAAUUGAGAAAACUAACACCGGUAAAAUCUUCAUGCCGUUAAGAGUUCAUUUUGUGAAAUUUGAAGCAUUUAAAGUUUGUUUUCUCGGGCUCCCAUUAGAACCUUUUCUAGGUGUUAUUUCAUCUAACUUAUUACAUUUUUAGCCCUCGAAAAGUGUAAAAGGAGAUGCAAUAUGUUUAAAAUUAUUCUGGUACAGGGUUUUUGUCCACUGAAAAUUAACGUUACUCAAUUUCCAAAUGGAAUUCGUCUUACAGUGUAUUUUUCUUAACGUCAUAGAAAACAAACGGCUAUUUUCACGCUGUAACGGCGUCUAACGUGCUGUUUUUCACCUUGCAGAGCGUGAUAUUCCUAUAUUUUCAUGUCAUAAUAGCAACAUCAAUCUUAAAACAAAAAAAAAUGUACAAAGUUAAAGGCAAAUUUUUCGAACGAAGCACGAUUUACAAUAUGUCGCGUCUUAACAAUAGGUAAAAAAUGUAAACUAAGAUUUUAUCGCCAAAUGCAUGUUUUUUCAUUAGAUUUCCUUGCAAUUAUUUUUCAAGAACUCAAUAUUUUUCAUGACCCCCACUUGCCCUGAAGCUUGAUCCUCUCUUAAAAAGUUUUAUGACGUGAAAAUGCAUGGCGAAUAAAAGUUCAAAGACAGUAAGCACAAAAAAGAUGAUCUCUUUGCUUCUCUCCACUCCUAGCCCUCGCAAGCACGUUUACUAAACGCAGACUUGUAUGAAGCAAGGACCACAAAAAUAUCUUAAGCGCCUUUUCAAAGGAGCAAAAAAAUGUUACGUAACUUUGCAAAGCCAUUCAUAUUUCAACUGCUUGUGCAGGAACAAUGACGAAAAAUGGACUAACCAUAAGGAAAAGAAACCUUCAACCUUGUUAGAAUCAAAAGUCAUUGAUUAGAUUUUUAGAGUUUUUCCUUUUUUUGGGAUUUCUUCCAAGUUAAAAAUGGAGGAAAAUCCUCUGAGAAUUAUAUUGUGCGGGACAUAUGGGGUCGUAUUAAUUAAUCUCACAUGAGUUUCUAAUUAACUCUCUAACUUCAAGAUUAUGUUUCUCAUUCACCGAUGUCGUACACUUUUUUUUUGCGUUAUGUUUUCUUGUGAUUAAACUACAGGCAACUCUGGGGAAAAUAAGUAAUACUGAACAUUUGUAACACCCAUAACAGCAUAUUUUAAAGCAUAUAACAUCAUACUAAAAUGCCUUCAAUUUUGUAAAUGUUGACAUUGAUUUUAGUCUCAUAAAAAUCCAUAAACCUUGGUAAAUUGUUUGUUCUGAUGAUUUAUUCAAUGGCUUAAACGAGGUAUUAUUAAAAGAGUUAAUGAACAAGAGUUUACAAAUAAAUGCCCAACGCAAAAAGUGCUGAGAUCUACUAAUUAAUAAUUUUAAAAGCAUAAGCUAGAAAAGUGAUAAAAGCGAUGGUUUGAUAAGACGCAGCACGCAAUCUAUCAUGACUACUGCGUUAAUAAUGGAGUUAAAUUCAUGAGACUUUUAUGUCGUAAAUCUUGGUAUUUGCAGAUACAAAUACAUAUGGACAUACUCGAGAAAAAAAUGAACUUUAUUUGAUUCUCAAUGCAUUCAGCACAAAAUUCCGAGUUUCUCCUUCCGGAGACGAGCCGUCAUUUUACGUGGUCAUCCACACCACCCGGCGAAGGUCUAGCCAUUUGCAGGGCAAAGGCAAUACCUUAAUUUCUAAGUCAGUAUUUUAAGACCCUGAGUAUUGGCCAGGUGCUUGGGUUUGCCGGGUUAAUUGUAUGGUGACUGAAUGCCUUUCUUUGAGUGAACGUUUUUCACCCAGAUGAGCAAAGAGAGAAAAUGAAGGGAUUGUUCACUUUCCUUGCGAUUUCAGCUAGGACCUUAGAAACAGGAAUUUUGGUGAUGCGAUACCCG